AUGAGUGCCGUUUACGACGCUCCUUACAGUCGCGAAGCCCAGAGUUCUGACUUUGAUCUGGCCAUUCGCCAGCAGCCCGACCGGGCGCGCGUGGCCGGGGGGAAGGAGAAGGAACGCAAACCUAUCGAUCCGCCUCCGAUCGUUCAGCUUCGCGUUCGAGAGGAGGGCUCUUAUCUCGCACAACACUACCUUCAAAGUCCUUAUUUUUUCAUGUGCUGCAGCUUGUACGAUGCCUCAGAAGAUCGCCCAGUGCCUGUUUCGCCUUCAACCGCGUUAGCUGGAACCCUGGUUUCGUCUCUUCAUCGGUUGAAGGACAUAGACAACAGUGAUGGAGGUUUUUUCGUUUUCGGCGACCUCUCCGUGAAGAUUGAGGGCGAGUUUCGACUCAAAUUCACCUUGUUUGAGAUGAGAAAAGACCAAGUCACGUACCUGAAAACCAUCAUCUCGGACAGAUUCACAGUUUCCCCUCCCAAAAGUUUCCCAGGUAUGAUGGAGUCCACGUUCCUCUCUCGGUCGUUUGCGGACCAGGGCGUCAAACUUCGCAUUCGCAAGGAACCUCGGAACAUCAUGAAACGCUCACGUCAGGAUGACUUUCCACAACCAAUCCCCACUCGGUCUCCAGAUCGACAGUCGAUCCAGAUCCCUCCAGCGGCCACUGGCUACACUGGGUAUCCGGCAGCGAGUCGGGAUUAUUCUUAUUACGGGGCUCAGCCUGUGAAAAGGCAUAGGACCUCCAUCGACUUUGGCCGCCAAGGCAUCUACGACCCGGACCAGCGGAUGGCUCGGCCCAUGGAUGCAUAUGGUCAACCAGCCAAUCUGUACAGCCAGCCGGGGGCAUACCAGACUCCAACGAUGCAGACUUAUGCCACGGGCCAGGUGGUGCCUGACUAUGGGAUGUCCUACGGUCUACCGCCGUCAGCCCCAAUGUCCCAGAUGCCAGAUCCUUCUGGUCAGGCUCGGACAAGCCAACAGGCCGCCGUGGGUCAGCUGAUGACGAUGAACCAGCCAGGCACUCCUACCCCAGAUUCGACAGGAGCGAUGAUGGCACAGGGAUAUGCCCGGUCACGAUACUCAAACUCGAACUCGACUAGUCCUUCUAUUCUUCCUCCAUUGCAACGGAACCGCUACUCAGGUCCCAACGGGAACAUGCGUGGCUAUUAUGAUCAACCCUCUCCAUCGGCCACUCCAAUUAUUCAUUCCCAGAUGGUACUCGAAGGUGAUCGGUAUGGCACCGCGGCCGGCCCGACGGUUUUUGAUCCUCAGGGGUCUCCGGACACGCCUCAGUGA